GCGGAGGAGGCGGGAGAGUGAGGGGAAAGACUGCAAGACGAGCAGGAUUAUUGGCCUGCCCCACCUACUACAUCCUACUUGAAAGAGAAUUUGUACAAAUGGUUUUGAGUGCUUGCCAUGUGCCAGAUGUUCUUCCAUGAUCUGGGUAUAGAAUUGUCCCUGCCCUCAAAGAAGCUCCUGGUCUAAAGUAGCCUGCAGGAUGUUUCCUUGGUGAGAGGAAGGCUCGUGCACAAUGGCAGUUUUUGAUACUCCUGAAGAGGCCUUUGGUGUUUUGCGUCCAGUCUGUGUUCAGCUCACGAAGACGCAGACCGUGGAGAAUGUGGAGUAUCUGCAGGCACAGUUACGAGCCGUGAGUGACGCUGCCCUUCAGGAACUUCAGCAGUACAUCCUCUUCCCUCUGCGAUUCACCCUGAAGACCCCAGGCCCCAAAAGAGAACGCUUGAUCCAGAGUGUGGUGGAGUGCCUCACAUUCGUCCUCUCCUCAACAUGUGUGAAGGAACGGGAACUUCUCCAGGAACUCUUUUCGGAACUCUCUGCUUGUCUGUAUUCACCCAAUUCCCAAAAACUCGCAGCUGUGUCAGAGGAGUUGAAAUUGGCUGUGAUCCAAGGACUCAGUACGUUAAUGCACUCGGCUUAUGGGGACAUCAUUCUGACGUUUUAUGAGCCCUCCAUCCUGCCUCGUUUAGGAUUUGCUGUAUCUUUACUGUUAGGCCUAGCAGAACAGGAGAAAUCAAAGCAAAUUAAAAUCGCUGCCUUAAAAUGUUUGCAGAUUCUACUCUUGCAGUGUGAUUGUCAAGACCAUCCAAGGUCCUUGGAUGAGCAUGAGCAAAAGCAGCUGGGGGAUUUAUUUGCUUCUUUUUUACCUGGAAUCUCAACUGCACUUACCAGGGUUAUCACAGGAGACUUUAAACAAGGUCACAACGUUGUGGUAUCUUCCCUAAGGAUCUUUUACAAGACAGUGGGCUUCAUUCUGGCUGAUGAACAGCUCAAAAGAAUUUCAAAGGUCCAAACAAAGCCUGCAGUUGAGCACAGAGUAGCAGAACUGAUGGUUCACAGAGAAGCAGAUUGGGUAAAAAAUACUGGUGGCAAGCUGACUAUCCUUAUUAAAAAGAUAAUUGAGUGUGUUUCCGUUCACCCACACUGGAAGGUGAGGUUGGAACUGGUAGAACUUGUGGAAGUCCUGCUUUUGAAGUGCAAUCAGUCACUGGUUGAAUCUGCGGGUCCCCUUCUGAAGGCUUUGGUGGGUCUAAUAAACGAUGAGAGCCCUGAAGUCCAAGCCCAAUGCAGUAAAGUUCUGAGACAUUUUGCACAACAGAGAGUAGUGGUGGGCAACGGAGCCUUUGCUGAUAUCUUGUCAGAAAACCUGCAUUCCCUUGCCACAUCUCUUCCCCGCCUAAUGAACUCCCAAGAUGAUCAGGGCAAACUCUCUACUCUUUCCUUGUUACUUGGUUAUCUGAAACUCUUGGGUCCCAAAGUAAACUUUGUCCUCAACUCCGUGGCCCACCUCCAGCGCAUUUCCAAAGCACUCAUCCAAGUUCUAGAAUUAGACAUGGCUGAUAUCAAAAUUGUUGAAGAGCGGUGUUGGAACUCUGAUGAUCUGAGUGCUUCUCCAAAGACCUUGGCCACACAGCCGUGGAAUCAGAUCCAAAGGAGAUAUUUCCGCUUCUUCACUGACGAGAGGGUCUUUCUGCUCUUAAGGCAGAUUUGUCAGCUUCUUGGUUUUUAUGGGAACCUCUAUUUGCUUGUGGAUCACUUUAUGGAACUGUACCGUGAAUCUGUGGUUUAUCGAAAACAAGCUGCCAUGAUCCUUAAUGAACUAAUUGUAGGGGCUGCUGGGCUAGAGGUGGAGGAUAUUCAUGAAAAACAUAUUAAAACAAGCCCAGAGGAACUGAGAGAGAUCGUGACAUCUAUACUUGAAGAAUACACGAACCAAGAAAACUGGUAUUUGGUUACCUGUGUGGAGGCUGAGGAAAUGGGAGGGGAGCUGACGAUGAAGCAGUCAGGCCUCCAGGCCAUCACGUCUGGUGCACACACCUGCCAAGUUACAUCUUUUCCAGCCUUCUCAAAGCCAAGUCCCACUGUUUGCUCCAUGAACAGCAACAUCUGGCAAAUAUGCAUCCAGUUGGAAGGGAUUGGCCACUUUGCAUAUGCACUAGGAAAAGACUUUUGUUUGCUCUUGAUGUCAGCCCUCUAUCCUGUGCUGGAGAAGGCAGGAGACCAAACCCUGCUCAUCCGUCAGACAGCUACCAGCACCAUGAUGGACAUUUGCCAUGCUUGUGGCUACGACUCCCUGCAGCACCUGAUCAAUCAAAAUUCAGACUAUUUGGUGAAUGGGAUCUCUUUAAAUCUGCGUCAUCUGGCUUUGCAUCCUCACACCCCAAAAGUCUUAGAAGUCAUGCUGCGGAACUCAGAUGCUAGCCUGCUUCCUUUGGUGGCAGAUGUGGUUCAGGAUGUCCUGGCCACCCUGGACCAAUUUUAUGAUAAGAGAGCUGCUUCCUUUGUCAGUGUUCUGCACGCCCUGCUGGCAGCAUUAGCCCAGUGGUUCCCAGACACAAGCAAUCUCGGGCAACUCCAAGAACAGACUUUAGGGAAGGAGGGAAGUCUUCUGACCCAAAGACCAACAACUCUUGAGAAAGAACUUCAGAAUUCCACCACAGCUGAAGACAUUGAACAGUUCUUGCUGAACUAUCUCAAAGAAAAGAAUGUGGCAGAUGGAAAUGUCAUGGAUUUUGAUAAUGAAGAAGAAGAGCAGUCACUUCCUCCUGAAGUGGACGAAAACGACACCCAUCCUGAUGUGGAGCCUCCACUGCCAGUGCAGAUCCAAAUAGCCAAGGAUGUGAUGGAGCGCUGCAUCCACUUGUUGUCAGAUAAAAAUCUGAAAAUCCGUUUGAAGGUCUUAGAUGUGCUGGAUUUGUGUGUGGUUGUUCUGCAGUCCCAUAAGAACCAGCUCCUUCCCUUGGCUCAUCGGGCCUGGCCCUCGCUUGUCCAUAGACUCACAAAUGAUGACCCCCUGGCAGUGCUCAGAGCCUUCAAGGUUUUGCGUACUCUGGGAGGCAAGUGUGGUGAUUUUCUGAGAAGCCGGUUCUGCAAAGAUAUCCUGCCAAAGCUGGCUGGCUCCUUAGUUACCCAGGCUCCCAUCAGUGCCAAGGCUGGACCCAUUUACUCCCACACGCUGGCCUUCAAGUUGCAGCUGGCCGUCUUGCAGGGCCUGGGCCCCCUCUGUGAGAGCUUGGACCUAGGUGAGGGUGACCUGAAUAAAGUGGCUGAUGCCUGCUUGAUUUACCUCAGUGCCAAACAGCCCGUGAAAUUACAAGAGGCUGCCAGGAGCGUUUUCCUCCACUUGAUGAAGGUGGACCCGGACUCCACCUGGUUCUUCCUGAACGAUCUCUACUGCCCUGAGCAGCUCACGCCUCCCCACCCCUGCCUCCACCCUGUGCGGCUGAGGGGGGCGGCCGGGCAGCAGAACCCCUACACGGCCAACGUGCUACGCCUGCUCCAGGAGCUGCAGUGACCCGCGCCUCCCUCCUCCCCUGCUGGCCCCUUGGGGCUUGCAUUCACCCCAACCCCUGCCCAAGGGGGUGGCAGCAGCAGCAGAGAAGACCGUGAAGGUGGCUUAGACAGCAAUCAAUUUAUAAAUUGAUCGAUCACACAACUGCUUGAAAUUGGAUUGAAGGAAAAGUAGCUGAUUGUUAUUUAUAUGUCAUACCUUGUGUUUUCAAAUGACAUUGUCUGGCAGCUCUAAGGGUUUAACUCCUUAGCUUACCAUCUCCAUGGCCCCAGCACACCAUGCAGCUGCCUGACAGGCCCCCACCGUCCCACACCAGGCGUGCACACUCACACACCGAAGAGCUUAAGGACAUUCGGGGCAGACCCUGUGCUGCAUGGCAUCCAUGUCCUCUGAGUUCCUGAGGACCAUGUUUAAGUAUCAGGCUCUAAGAACCAACAGAAACCUGCCUCGCCAUCCCAAACACUCAGAUCAAUCUCCCCAACGUACACCUCCCUCUCCCCAAAUCAUGGGGUGGAGCCAAUUUGUACCUAGCCAGUUCUUUCGAAGAAAAUGAAAUAAAGGCACUUCUUAGAUGAAAAGAAUGAUAAAGAGCUCACUUUGGAGUUUAUUUAAAUUGGGUGAUUCUGUGUGGUAUACUUUCUAAGUGAGAGAUUAAUUUUUAAAAUGUUUUGUUAUGGAUACUAGUAUAAUGAAGCCCCAUGUACCCAUGACCCAGCUUCACCAGUUGUCAUCACAGAGCCAGUCUUGCCCCGUCUGUACCCCUGCCCACUUAUACCCCUACCCCCCACCCACUCCCUGGAUUCUUUUGAACCAAAUCCCAAAUAUCAUAUCCAAACUUUCUUUUAUUUUAAAUGUACACCACAAUAUCCAUAUCACAACCUAAAGAAAUUAAGUGAUCUUUUAAUAUUGUCAGAUAUUCGUUGUGUUUAAAUUUCCCUAGUGUGUUCGAAUCAGGAUCCAAAUAAGAGACUUACACUGAUACAUUGCUAUUGUUGGGAUGCCCCGUAAUAAAUCUCUUUUAAUUUA